UGGGGGCUCGGCGCGGGCCCGCGAGAUGCCGGUGUCGGCGGCCCGAGCGGCUGCAGCUGCGGCGGCGGGGGAGGCGGCGGGGCCCGGGAGGGGGGCUCCGCGGGGCGCCGCCGGCGUGUAGCCGGGACCAUGGAGGGGCAGAGCGGCCGCUGCAAGAUCGUGGUGGUGGGGGACGCCGAGUGCGGCAAGACGGCGCUGCUGCAGGUGUUCGCCAAGGACGCCUACCCCGGGAGUUAUGUGCCCACCGUGUUUGAGAACUACACCGCCAGCUUUGAGAUAGACAAGCGCCGCAUCGAGCUCAACAUGUGGGACACUUCAGGCUCCUCUUACUAUGAUAAUGUCCGGCCCCUCGCCUAUCCUGAUUCGGACGCUGUGCUCAUCUGCUUCGACAUCAGCCGACCAGAGACACUGGACAGUGUCCUCAAGAAGUGGCAAGGGGAGACUCAGGAGUUUUGUCCCAAUGCCAAGGUGGUGCUGGUUGGCUGUAAACUGGACAUGCGGACCGACCUGGCCACCCUGAGGGAGCUGUCCAAGCAGAGGCUUAUCCCUGUGACCCAUGAGCAGGGCACCGUGCUGGCCAAGCAGGUGGGGGCCGUGUCCUACGUGGAGUGCUCCUCCCGCUCCUCCGAGCGCAGCGUCAGGGACGUCUUCCACGUGGCCACCGUGGCCUCCCUCGGCCGUGGCCACAGGCAGCUGCGCCGCACGGACUCACGCCGGGGCCUGCAGCGGUCCGCUCAGCUGGCGGGAAGGCCGGACCGGGGGAACGGGAACGAAGGCGAGAUGCACAAGGAUCGCGCCAAGAGUUGCAACCUCAUGUGAGGAGCUGGGGAGGGGCGGGGCGUCAGGAUGGGGUGGUGAAGGGCACAGCUGUUCCCCUGCCUGCCCCCUGGCUUCCUGCCCCCCUGCCCCCCUGACUGGCUGGAACUUCAGGGCAGGCUGAGUGAGCAAUUCUCCUGCGCCAGGGACCUGGAGGCAGAGGGUACCAUCAUUCCCCACCCCCUCCUCCCCCUCCUCUCCACGGGAAGUUGAGGGAGCUAGCAAAGCCGGCAUCUGG